GUCACUCGCCCGCGACAAACUAAUCACGCCCAUGGGUAGCAGCAGUCAAGCAGCAUGAUGGAAGUGUGCGGCUCUUCAAAUGUUACUCUGAGAGAGUUUGGUUGCGAGCAGAGUUUACUGUCUCGACCUGACGGCUCUGCUUCCUUCAUUCAAGGAGACACAAGUGUGUUGGCCGCCGCUUACGGACCAGCCGAGGUCAAAGUCAGUAAGGAGAUCUAUGACCGGGCAACACUGGAGGUGUUGAUCCAGCCCAAAGUGGGACUGCCAAGUGUAAGGCAGCGAUCACAAGAGCAGUGUGUGCGAGAAACUUGCGAGGCAUCUCUGCUCUUGUCACUUCAUCCUCGCUCCUCCCUCACCCUCAUCCUUCAGCUGAUACAUGACGAUGGUUCAAUCUUGUCCUGCUUUUUGAAUGCUGCCUGCAUGGCUCUUAUUGAUGCAGGCCUGCCCAUGAGCUGCCUGUUCUGUGGCGUGACCUGUGCCAUCGAUGCAGACGGUCAAAUCGUCACAGACCCCACUGCAGCGCAGGAAAAGGAAAGUCGGGCUGUGAUGACCUUCGCUAUUGACAGCACAGAACACAGAGUAAUCAUGUCAUCCACCAAAGGGUCGUUUUCAGUACACGAGCUGCAGCAGUGUAUUGCAGUCAGUCAGAAAGCAUCAGAGAAAAUCUUCCAGUUCUACAGAGACUCUGUCAAGCGCCGAUACUCCAAAACCCUCUGAUGAAGCAGCAGCAGCAGCUCUUCUUUUUCUACUCUUGCUUUUUUUUUUUUCACAAUGAUUUUAAAUACUGAUGUUAUAAUAAAACAUUUAUUCACCACUUUGGGCUACCUUUGCUUCAGUUGAGUUGUAGUCAGCUGUGAAGCGUAAGGUUUACAUCUGGACAUUUGUGAGAAGACGACGUUGAACUGUUAAGUGAGGGUGCAAAAUACAAAAGAGCAGAGAUGAAUGUCAAACAAGUGCAUUUAUUGGGAUUCAUUGAUUAUUCUCUCUGUUUAAUAUUUACAUGUAUUAAAAGGAAGUGGAAUAAAUAUCUCUUGUACUAACUCAUUUGCCACAACCUUUGACCUUUUCAUUGACAAUCUAUACAAGUGAUACAAAGUGAGACAAAUCUGACUGGAGCCCGUCAGGCGAUCCGUCGAGUCAAUCCACAAUAAAUGCUCACAUCUAAAUCACUAAUUGUGGUAACUCAGCUGUAACAACAAAGGGUCUUUUUUAUUUUUCAUUGACACAAAUGUCCAGUGGAGACAGAGGACGGCUCGGGAUUCAGGACUGUACAAUGCCGUGCUGACUCGGGUUGGUGCAGCAUUACCGCAGCACAUCAACGGCGAUGGCUGAGAUAUCACAGGUGUGUCUACAUAUACCGCCGACAGUGACCAUUACAUAUUAUCAGCUCAGUCUUGAUACAACACUGGGUUUGCAGAAAACAAAGUAUUUGCAGUUCAUCAGGAGACUAUAAAAACUAUACAUCUAAAUAGAAAAUGUUAGCUUUUACCGUACAGUCUUUUUUUUAUCAUUUACUUUUGAGGUCCCUUGUUCACUGCUUCCUCAAUGGCACAUUUAAGCUCAAACCAAUAUGGCCAGAGUGUUUGACUUUUACCAAAGCUGUGUUUCUUUGCAAAAGUUCCGGACCAAAUGAAGGAAGUGAUCGUAGCUCAGAGCAGGUUUGUACAUGGCAAACUAAAAACUGGCCAUGCAGGUUUCUGUCGUGACCGAAAUGGAGAUUUUACUGACUCAUGCAUCACGUGGCUGAGCGCUAAGAUGUCUCGCCAGGCAACCUUUUUCUUAUUUUUUUUUUUACCCCUUUGCUCAUCUGAACAAAGUGUUACUGUUUGCUUACAUAAGUUUGAGUAGCCAACUUCAUUUUCGAGUUUGUCAUACGGCAAGAAGCAACUUUCUGAAGGAUUUCAGUCGUCCUUUUGAAGGAGAAAGUAGCAGAAUCUAUAUUUGGAGAGCGCGGAGCAACAGCCAUGGUUGCUUCUAUUCAUGGAACAGCUCAUAAAAGGAUCAUCCUUAGAGUAUCUUCCAUAUUUUUGGCACUUUUCCUUGCAUGUCUGCACCUCUCGUCUAUGUCAUCGUUUCCUAACACUGUAUACAGAAGCAGCUCCUUCAUGUCUAUACCUAGAGCCAGUGUUUCACACCACCACUUUGCUCUUCAUUUGACAAGUCCUGAAGUUAUAUUUAUUUUUCUUAUAUAAUGGCACUAUAUGUUUGUUUUUUUCAUUUAGUUUUUUUUUGUGCAAUCAAAAAUAAAGAUACUUAUUGAACUUGGCAUUAAACAAAGCAGAUUUAGUCCGUUCUGCAGGGUAACAAUUGUGAUGCAGAAUGUGAAGUCAGGAUGUGCAUGUGCAGUGUGUUCCCUGUGGGUCCCUCUCUCUCUGGCCAGAAGAGUAGCAACAAAUUCUGGCUUCUCUGAAAGAAUAACACUUCUGGCUCCACAUAUUAAAAAAAAAAAGCUCUGGGCUCUCAAAGCCUUCCCCAGCUUUCACCCCACCAGCGACAGCACAACGAGGUCCAUCAGGAUUU